GGCCAGGCCGAGCAGAGCGAGCGGGGGUAGCUGGGAGCUGUCAGUGAAGAGCGCCGGGCUCGCGCAGCUGGCCUGAUUCCGAGCUGGCAACUCCGGCCGACUUAGCUCGCGGGCAAAGGGCGAUUUCCGAGCACCCAGCGCUCCCGGAGCGGCCUCUUUUGUAGAAGCACCUGAAAUGCAGGCCCUGGUGCACUAAACAGUAGCGGCAACACGAGCCACAGCGACAGCGCUGGGGCCUUGUGUAGAAGCUCCAUCCCCUUGUCUUUGUGUCCGCCUGCGUCCCAGACCCAGAGAUUAUCUUGGAAGAUCUAGGACUCAGAAAAUGUUUCCCUUGAAAGAUGCUGAAAUGGGUGCCUUUACCUUCUUUGCCUCUGCUCUGCCACAUGAUGUUUGUGGAAGCAAUGGGCUGCCUCUCACACCAAAUUCCAUCAAAAUUUUAGGGCGUUUUCAAAUCCUUAAGACCAUCAUCCACCCCAGACUGUGCCAGUAUGUGGAUAUCUCUAGGGGAAAGCAUGAGAGAUUGGUGGUGGUGGCUGAACACUGUGAACAGAGUCUAGAAGACUUGCUUCGAGAAAGGAAACCUGUGAGCUAUUCAAAAGUUUUGUGCAUAGCAUUUGAGGUACUUCAGGGCCUACAGUAUAUGAACAAACAUGGUAUAGUACACCGGGCACUGUCUCCUCAUAAUAUCCUUUUGGAUAGAAAGGGACAUGUUAAACUGGCUAAAUUUGGACUUUACCACAUGACAGCAUAUGGUGAUGAUGUUGAUUUCCCAAUUGGGUAUCCAUCAUACUUGGCACCUGAAGUAAUUGCACAAGGAAUUUUCAAGACCAGUGAUCAUGUACCAAGUGAAAAACCAUUGCCUUCUGGUCCCAAAUCAGAUGUCUGGUCUCUUGGAAUCAUUUUAUUUGAGCUUUGUGUGGGAAGAAAAUUAUUUCAGAGUUUAGAUAUUUCUGAAAGACUAAAAUUUUUGCUCACAUUAGACUGCGUAGAUGACACUAUAAUAGUUUUGGCUGAAGAGCAUGGUUGUCUGGACAUUAUAAAGGAACUUCCUGAAAAUGUGAUAGAUCUUUUGCAGAAGUGCCUCACCUUCCACCCUUCCAAGAGGCCAACCCCGGAUCAAUUAAUGAAGGACAAUGUGUUCAGUGAAGUGUCACCCUUAUAUAUUCCCUUUACCAAACCUGCCAGCCUGUUUUCAUCUUCUCUGAGAUGUGCUGAUUUAACUCUGCCUGAGGAUAUCAGUCAGCUGUGUAAAGAUAUAAACAGUGAUUACCUGGCAGAAAGAUCUAUUGAAGAAGUGUAUUACCUAUGGUGUUUAGCUGGAGGUGACUUGGAAAAAGAGCUUGUGAAUAAGGAAAUCAUUCGAUCCAAACCACCUAUCUGCACUCUCCCCAAUUUUCUCUUUGAAGAUGGUGAAAGCUUUGGACAAGGUCGAGAUAGAAGCUCACUAUUAGAUGAUACCACUGUGACAUUGUCAUUAUGCCAGCUAAGAAAUAGAUUAAAAGAUGUUGGUGGAGAAGCAUUUUACCCACUACUUGAAGAUGAUCAAUCCAAUUUACCUCAUUCAAACAGCAAUAAUGAGCUGUCUGCGGCGGCCACUCUCCCUUUAAUCAUCCGAGAGAGGGACACAGAGUACCAGCUAAACAGAAUCAUUCUCUUUGACAGGCUGCUAAAGGCUUAUCCGUAUAAAAAAAAUCAAAUCUGGAAAGAAGCAAGAGUUGACAUUCCUCCUCUCUUGAGAGGUUUAACCUGGGCUGCUCUUCUGGGAGUUGAGGGGGCGAUUCAAGCCAAGUAUGAUGCAAUUGAUAAAGAUACUCCAAUUCCUACAGACAGACAAAUUGAAGUGGAUAUACCUAGGUGUCAUCAAUAUGAUGAAUUGUUAUCAUCACCAGAAGGUCAUGCAAAAUUCAGGCGUGUAUUAAAAGCCUGGGUAGUGUCCCAUCCUGAUCUUGUUUAUUGGCAAGGUCUUGACUCACUUUGUGCUCCAUUCCUAUAUUUAAAUUUCAAUAAUGAAGCCUUGGCUUACGCGUGUAUGUCUGCUUUUAUUCCCAAAUACCUGUAUAACUUCUUCUUGAAAGACAACUCACAUGUAAUACAAGAGUAUCUGACUGUGUUCUCUCAAAUGAUUGCAUUCCAUGAUCCAGAGCUAAGCAAUCAUCUCAAUGAGAUUGGAUUUAUUCCAGAUCUCUAUGCCAUCCCUUGGUUUCUCACCAUGUUUACUCAUGUAUUUCCACUGCACAAAAUUUUCCACCUCUGGGACACCCUACUACUUGGGAAUUCCUCCUUCCCAUUCUGUAUCGGAGUAGCAAUUCUUCAGCAGCUGCGUGACCGGCUUUUGGCAAAUGGCUUUAAUGAGUGCAUUCUUCUCUUCUCUGAUUUACCAGAAAUAGACAUUGAACGCUGUGUGCGAGAAUCAAUCAACCUGUUUUGUUGGACUCCUAAAAGUGCUACUUACAGACAACAUGCUCAACCUCCAAAGCCAACUUCUGACAGCAGUGGAGUCAGAAGUUCGACACUUUAUUUCUCCACUGAGUGUCCAGAUCCUCCAAAAACAGAUCUGAUGGCAGUCAUCUUCACUAAUGGACUGUUGCUGAAUAGAUGUGGGGAAGAAUUCCUAGUUAUGAUAAUAAAUGAACUACUAAGUUGAGACUUGAUGGAUCAUUCACAUUUGUUAUCAAUUGAAAAUUAGCUUAGCCUAUAAGGGAAUUGGGAUGGGGAAAGGAAUGGAAAAAAUCACACACUGAAGAGAACAUAUAAGAUUACAAAAAAACAUGCUCAGUGUUAGAUUGAUAAUUUUCUAUAUUUGGAGAAAUUUUUGUGAUACAAGCUAUGAAAGUUAAUAUCAACAAUUAUUUUCUUUUCUGGUAGAGGUACAAAUUAUGGAUAAUGAUUCUCAAUUUGUAACAAAAGUUCUUCCUUUCACCACCAGUCUCCCUAAGGCAAAUGAAUAAUUGUGCAAUCACCAGUAUCCUUCUCCAACUCUUCCUCCAAUGCUUUCUCAAGGAUAGGAUCUUUCUACAUCCUAAAAGAACAAACUUCAUUAUUUAGUUGUUCUUUGGACUCUAUUUCAGUAUGUCCAUACUUAAAGAUGUACACCAAAGUGAGAGUGAAUCAUAACUAAGCAAACAGUGAUUUUUUUCACUCAUUCUGAGAUUAUUUACCACAGCUCUGUUGUAUUCAUUUAAAUAUACACACACACACACAUAUGUCCCUGUCUAUUCAGAUAAAUAUUUAAGCAUCAAGUGGAACUUUUGGAAGGGGAGUGGGCAUUAUAACUCAGUGCUUUGAUCGUAACAUGUGGGGAAUGCUGGGAAAUUCUUAGAAUUCUUCAAGUGAGAUGCCUGGCAGUGCCUUAUCACUACCACUGAAUUAUGGACGAAUUUUUUUUUAAGUUGUUGCUGAUUCUAUUUCAAUAUUAACUUUAAAAAGCAAUAGGAUUACAUGUGUCAUUUUCAAUUCCAAGAAAUUUAUAGACAUAACUAAAGAAAAAGUAUGUCAGAGCUAUUAGGUCUUUUGAAUCCGAUGGAACUAUAGUGAAUAAGGGUAGCUGUGUGUUUUCCAGAGGUCAUUUUUUAUUAUUAAAUUUGCUGUUUUCUGUUUGGUUACACAUAAUUUUUUGUCAGAUUUUGAUUAUUUUUUAGAGUACACAGUACCAUAACAAUGAGAGCUCCUACAUUGUACUUGUAAUAUCAUCUUCGGUACUUUGAGAUUCAAAAUGUCAUAGGAUUAUUUCAUAGUUUUUACAGAAUUGAUCUGACUCCUUCAUUUCUUGUUAAGUCUUCAUAUUACUACCAUCUACAUAUGAUGAAAAGAAAUUCUUGUUCCUCUAUGUGUAUAAUACUUAUUAGACAGAUGUUAUUUUUAAGAUAUUGUCAUACAUUUGUACUCGCAAAGAAACCUUUUCAAGUGACCAUGGAGCUCUUACCCCCUCACAAACAAAUAAGAACAACAAAACUCCAUGGUUCUGGCCAUAUGUAGAUUUCAAUAAAUUUUAAGAAGUAGAAAUAAUACAGAUACCAUUUCUCGGAUCAUUAUUCACUCAUAUUGGAAAAUAAUAUAAAUAAUAACAAAAUUUUCUUACUACCUAGAAAUUAACAAGAAAUCAAUAAAAUAAAAUAAACAACUUCUUUCUUAACUCUUCAGAUGAGACAUUUUGAAUGAAAAUUGUAGAAUAUCUAGAAAAUAAUAUAAGAACCCUACACAUAAGAACCUAUGGGUGCAACAAAAGUGGCCAUUUCUCUCAUUGCUCAUCAUAAUGCCUUAUGUUUAUAAGAUACUGACUGAUUAUCCCUUAUCAAGUCAUUUUAUUUCAGCUAGCUUUUGAAAGAUUGAUAGGGUUUAUAUAAGUGAAGAUCAAGGAUUCCUUUUUUUAACAUCCUUGAGAAACCUCAACACCAUCCUAAAAAAAGAUUUACAGAAAAUAAAAAUAAUACUGCAUAUUCACCUAAUUUUAUUUUACCUACUCUUUCCAAAGCAUAACUGUACGUUGGUAAAGAGGCUAGUCACUGGAAUAGGCUGAAGUCGGUCACAUUUCCUCUGCUAAUAAGGGAACUUGCAACACUGUGCAGUUCCACUGUUAAUGUCCUGGUGUGUUAGGUAUGGGGGUGCUAAGAUUUUUUCACAACACACAGCUUGUGACUUUGUGAAUAUUAAGUACAUAAAGAGUUGAAAGAAGCUGGAUUUUUGAAUAAUUCACAGUGAAA